UGUGUUAUUCUCUGUUUGGUUGGUUGGAAAAUAAAGAGAUAGAAAGUGAAAGUGAGAGAGAAAAUCCGUGUCUUCCUUUUUGCAUUUCGUUUUGUUCUUUCGUGCAAUGGGGAGCGAGAGCAGGAACGGUGACGGUUACGGCGGUGGAGAGGCGGCGCUGCCGGCGGCGGUAAAGAAGAUUGUGCAGAGUGUGAAGGAGAUUUUGAACUUUUGCUCCGAGCAAGAGAUCUACGCUGUGCUUAGGGAAUGUGACAUGGACCCUAACCGCGCCGUCGAAAGGCUUCUAGCUCAAGAUACUUUUCAUGAGGUUAGAAGCAAACGUGAAAGAAGAAAAGAGGGGAAGGAGGCAUUGGAUUCAAGGACAAAGGGUAGUAAUGGUGGGCUGGGUCGGGCAGGCAAAACCGGCAAUGGCAGUGAUCGUAGUGUUACCAAUAAUGAGUUGACACAUUUGACUUAUAAUGGACACGUCAAACCUGUUAACAAGGAAGAUGUUGGGUCUAUUGGUACGUCAGUUACGUCAUCCACAAAUCAUGUCGUGGGAAGAGGUUCUAGAAGCGAUUCUUUUAGUGCUGAUACUGGAAGUUCGUCAUUGGGAACAAGCGACUCCAUAUCAGUUUUUGCCCAAGUUUCUUCAGGACUUCAAACCUCACUGCUAGGAGUGAGCAAAGCACAUCUUACUAUGGCAGACAUUGUAAGAAUGGGUAGAACAUCCCAAAAUGUUUCGCAUGACGAUUGUACUGCCUCAGGAGUUUCUGCAUCUGGAAAUUCAGAGACAAUGCUAAAUCUGGACAGUCAAAGUCAUUCUGAGCAGCAACCUUUUCAUGACAAGUGGCAUGUAAAUGAACAGCCAACUACCAGCAGUUCUCAAGCACCAACCGUAUUUGCCUCUUUAAAUGCUAAUGGGCCUUCUAAGCAGAGUAGCUUGUGUGAUACAGUAGUUAGUGUGUGCAGGAAUUCUGAAUUAGAUUCAUCCCAAGGUGCAUGGGGGGAUUGUGCUAGUGAUGAUGUUAUGUGCAGCAAAACUAAACUAGAAUCUCAUUCAAACUCUAACUCAAAAGAUACUUGUUCCUCUGAUUUACAUCAUUCUCAGGGGCAUGAAGAUGUGUUAUUGGCAGCUUCAGAUUUCAAGGGGCUAAGCAUAAGAGAAUCUAAAUUGGAAAUGCCGUUAUCUGGAGAUAAUCCUACGGUGGUUCUUCCAAAUGAUGUACAUUUACAAGCUUUGGCUGAUACAUGCUCACAUUUGAGUUUUGGAAAAUUUAAUGCCAGCAGUAAUACUGCAUCUUCUGUGAUUCCUACACCUACACCUAAUCUUCCUAGAAAUGGAUUGGAAGAGAAGUCUGCAGCUAUUGAUAGUUCCUUGGUUCAGUUCUCAGACGCCAGUUCUGUACAACAUGGUGGUAAGCAACUUGAAUUUGAGGCUGUUAGAGGAUCAACAGGUGAUAAGAAUGAUAACUUCCUUUCAUCUCCUCAGCAAGAGCUUCUGAGGCAUAUUAUUCCAGAGGAAACUUUUGGGCAUGAAUACAACGUGGUGGCAUCUGUAUCAGAUCCCAAUUGGCAAAAUUCUCGCUGGGUGACUCCUUCCUUGCCUUUGAAGCAGCCAAGCUUGCAGAGUGGAAGUCAUUAUAAUUUUCCAAGAGAAAUGCUUGAUGAAUCAAAUUCGAUUCCUGGUGAUAUGUUCAAAUUCAUCGGGUCACAAUCACAACCUGGAGGAUACAAUAGUUCAUUGUUGUCUACAAGCAAUAAUGCCAAUUCCAUAUCUGGGCUUAAUGAAUCAAAUUUGAUUCCUGGUGAUAUGUUGGCAUCACCAAGAUCUGAACAAGCUGUACGAUACAACAGCUCAAUGUUGUCCCUAAGCAAUACUCCCAACUCCAUAUCUGAUGUCAUGGAACCUGGCAUGUUCGAUCUACCUAAAAGAUCUGCACUUUCCCACGAACCUAUGGUGCAAUCCUCAGUACAGUUCCAGCAAUUCCCCAACAUGGAAGGAUAUUCUUCAUUGCCCCGUGAUCAAUCAUAUAUAACAGCCAUCAAUUCACAGCAACCAUUUUCAGGCAAUCCUCGAUAUAACCAAUCUUCUUUGGACAUGAAGUACAACCUUCAUCAAGACAGAAAUGAACUACUAAUGAAUAGAUUGCCUCCUGCCGCUGCCAGAGAAACCUAUGCUUAUGGAAAUCAUGGCUCUUCCUUUUAUGGUCCUAGAAAUGUUUUGCCAAAUUCAUCUCUUGGUUAUGCAAUGCCUCAGAGUAACAUAGAUGAGAUUUUACCUUCUCAAUAUGGCAACGGUGGGCGUAACAUCAGCUCUAUUCAACAGAAUGGUAGCUUAUCUCAAUGGGAUUAUGGGGCCGCGCCAAGAACUUCAUUUCGCCCUGAGAGGACCGAGUAUAACUUCAUGAGGCAGCAGCAGCAACAAAAUUUGGCGCCAGUGUCUCAAUAUGCAAAUCCCGGAUAUUCUGACCCUUACCAUUCUCAGAAACAGGUUGCGGAAGAACUUCAGCAGGCAGGUGGUUUACAAGGUUUGUCACCCCAGCAGUUGCAGCAACUAUGGAGAUACAUUCACUAACUGUAUACAACCUGCUCCUUUUUCCUCCCUCUUUUUUGCUUUUUGAGGAAUUAUUGUAGCAGGUUUAGAUGAAUUAGGGUUUCAAAAUUUUCAUUCAGAUGCUCGGCUUUAAUACAGUUGUACAUGUUUCUAAAGAGAACCGAAGUUGUCACAUUCUAAAGGGGUAUUCCUUUUGAGUUUGGCUUUGUGGUGAGUUUUGGU